UAUCACUCUCUCAUUAAUCGAACUUGGCGUGUUUAAAUAAUCUUCCGAUCGUUAAUUCUCUUCCGAUUUCGAUUCGAUUUUAGCGGCGAUGUCUCUCAGACCUAGCGCGAAGACGGAGGUGCGACGGAAUCGGUACAAAGUAGCGGUCGAUGCGGAGGAAGGACGGCGGAGGCGAGAGGAUAACUUGGUUGAGAUCAGGAAGAACAAGAGAGAGGAAAAUUUGCAGAAGAAGAGAUUUACGUCUUCUAUGGCUUUUGGCUCAGCAACGGGACAAACGGAACAGGAUCUUUCUUCAGCGAACCAAUUAAAAGAUAAUCUACCUGCUAUGGUUGCUGGAAUCUGGUCAGAGGAUAGCAAUUCACAAUUGGAGGCAACAAAUCUCUUGCGGAAACUGCUUUCUAUUGAACAAAAUCCUCCUAUCAAUGAAGUUGUACAAUCUGGUGUUGUUCCUCGUGUUGUGAAGUUUCUUUCCAGGGAUGACUUCCCCAAACUUCAGUUUGAGGCAGCUUGGGCGCUCACCAACAUUGCUUCAGGGACAUCAGAGAACACAAAUGUCAUCAUUGAAAGUGGAGCUGUCCCGAUAUUCAUCCAACUUCUCAGCUCUGCUAGUGAAGAUGUCCGCGAACAGGCUGUUUGGGCAUUGGGAAAUGUUGCUGGAGACUCACCAAAAUGCCGGGAUUUAGUCCUAAGUUACGGUGCCAUGACACCUCUUCUGUCUCAAUUCAAUGAGAAUACAAAGCUUUCAAUGCUGAGAAAUGCUACAUGGACAUUAUCAAACUUCUGCAGAGGGAAGCCCCCACCCGCAUUUGAACAGACACAACCAGCUUUACCAGUUCUUGAGCGCCUUGUGCAAUCAAUGGAUGAAGAAGUUCUCACAGAUGCAUGCUGGGCUCUGUCAUACCUCUCGGAUAAUUCAAACGACAAAAUACAAGCAGUCAUUGAAGCAGGAGUUGUUCCUCGCCUCAUCCAGCUCUUAGGUCAUUCGUCGCCAUCAGUGCUGAUUCCUGCUCUUCGUACCAUUGGAAAUAUUGUAACCGGGGAUGAUCUACAGACUCAGAUGGUUCUCGACCAGCAAGCGCUUCCUUGUCUUUUGAACCUUCUAAAAAACAAUUACAAGAAGAGUAUCAAGAAGGAAGCUUGCUGGACUAUCUCCAACAUUACAGCUGGAAAUGCAGAUCAGAUACAAGCAGUGAUUGAUGCAGGUAUAAUCCAGUCUCUUGUUUGGGUGCUUCAAAGUGCAGAGUUCGAAGUAAAAAAAGAAGCUGCUUGGGGAAUAUCAAAUGCUACUUCUGGUGGCACUCAUGAUCAAAUCAAGUAAAACCAUAAAAACCGAAACGAAAUGUUUCCUUAACAAAGAAUGGUCAUUUCUAAAACACGUCUGUGUUUAUUGUUUGUUUCUUCUCAGGUUUAUGGUGAGCCAAGGCUGUAUCAAACCUCUAUGCGAUCUCCUUACUUGCCCAGAUCUGAAAGUUGUAACGGUUUGCUUAGAAGCACUAGAGAACAUUCUCGUGGUUGGAGAAGCAGAGAAGAACUUAGGUCACACAGGAGAAGACAACCUCUACGCUCAAAUGAUUGACGAAGCAGAAGGGUUAGAGAAGAUUGAGAAUCUUCAGAGUCACGACAACAAUGAUAUCUACGACAAAGCCGUGAAGAUCCUCGAAACAUUUUGGACUGAAGACAAUGAAGAAGAAGGCAACGACGAGAAUCAUGCUCCACAAUCUGGUUUCCAGUUCGGAAGCACCAAUGUUCCUCCUGGUCAAUUCAACUUUAUUUGAAAGGUAAAAUAGUUGAAUUGGGUCAUAGAAGUUGCUUGGACUUUUAAGUAAGCCACAUAUCGAACGAAAGUGGUAACAUCACAAAGAUGAAAUAUCAAUCUUCUCUAUCUCUUCAUGCCCACUCCUUAACUCGUGGACAUGAACUAUGAAGAAACAUAGUACGAUUUUCUUUUCUUUUUGGAAGUUUGUCUCAAUAACUAAAUCAUUUGGGGAAGAGAAACAAUUAUUCUGUGUUAGCCAUCAUCUCGUCUUUCAACAAAGUUCCCUUUUUUCAUAUAUUAGUGCCAUUACAAAAUCGUAGUUAUGCCUUAACUAAACCAGAAACAUUUUUAUUCAAU